AUGAUGCCAGCAGCCAUCACUUCUGCUCGCAUCAGCACCAAGCAAGACAAGGACGAUCAACUGUUACACCUUCUCCUGAAACCACGCGUGAAGUGUCACAAGCUCACCAUCGAUGGCCACCUUCUAUGGUACGUCGAAGGACAAGGCGACGAGAAGCCCUACCUACCCGUAUCGCUCAAACGCAAAGCUUUCGACGCAGCACAUCAUCUCCCUCACCCCAGUGGCAGAGUCACAGCCAAGCGCGUCGCGCUUCACUACUUCUGGCCAUCGCUGCGCAAGGACGUCGUUCACUGGGCCAAACAAUGCGUACCACAUUGUGAAGAUGCCGAUGUCCCAGGGUUGCCAGAACUGUCUCAUGAUUAUCGAUACAUGCGCUGGCCACAAGCAAUCUCACUGGCCGACAUCAGUGCACCAAAGGUCACCAAAGUUCUUUUCGCAGGUUGGAUUUCUCUGUUCAGCACCCCUUUGACCAUCACCACCAACCAGGGAGGUCAAUUCGAGUCGAGGCUUCUUGCGGAGCUCGGCAGCAUUGUCGGUGCAAAGCACGUUCACACGACCCCGCAUCAGCCAAAAGGAAACGGAAUGAUAGAACGCAUGCACUGA